AAUCAUUUUUAUGCCGAUGUCCUUUCAUUUUACGCCAAACAUACUACGUGAAGAGUAUCUAUUUUCAAGAUUGAAAUUGUGAUUCAUAAUGUUAAAUCAUGUUGAAUGUGUAAUAUUAGGUUUGUAAUUUUAGGACAGAUAGCUACCUCCUUAUGUGAGCUGGUCACGUGGUACCUACCAGCGGAUUUUAAUAUGGCGACGGUCAGGAUGUACAUUUAACAUUAAAUCAUUUCACCGUAUUUACUACUGGGACUUUAUUAUACUAGUGCAUGACGGGCCACUGCCGAUAUUACCCGGUAACGGUGCACGAUUCCCCGGACGAGCAAUGUGUCAUUGAUGCAGUGUCGGGAUACAGUCGUGUUCCGUUACGCGUCGUCUGUUUGCCAGAUAACUGUCUUGGCGUCGGUACUGUACGGGGGACGGAGCCAGAGAGAUAGUCCCGGUGUUAAGUGCUAUUGUUUAUUUACAGCGGUGACAGACAGACAGAAAGACUUUGGUCAGAUGUCAUGUUGAUGUGUGGCCUUCCUGCAUCGUGUGAUAUCAUCAUGGACAGACAGGUGAAGACCACUCCCAGCUGGUAGAGGUAACGACGCAGACAGAGACAACCGUCAGUGUCGUGGACUGUUUACUCCCAGCCAGUAGAGGGAUACAGACAGACCGACAGUCAGACAGCUAGCCUAGUGGAUGGACUUCCUCUGAUGUCAAAGCUGACCCAAGCCCGGUCCAGAGAAAGAUGAUUGGUGCCCCAGACGUGGUGGCGUUUACUAAGGAGGAUGAUUUUGGGGAGGUAGGGUACCCCAACCCCUGGGUGGUGCCAGAGGAGUUUUCUGUCCCUCUGUUCCCAUCGAAUAACAACGCCAACCCCUGGGCCAAGACAUCCUACGCCAAGUUCACGAAGGACUUCAUCCUCAUAUCAGAGUUCUCUGAGCAGGUGGGCCCCCAGCCUCUGCUCACCAUUCCUGACGACCCGAAGGUGUUUGGAACCUUUGACCUCAACUACUUCAGUCUGAGGAUCAUGUCUGUUGACUACCAGGCCUCGUUCGUAGGACACCCCACGGGCAGCGGAUACCCACGACUCAGUUUUGUGGAGGACUCCCGGGUGGUGCUGGGUGACUCUAAGGAGGGGGCGUUUGCCUACGUUCACCACCUGACGCUCUAUGACCUGGAGGCCCGGGGCUUCGUCCGCCCGUUCUGCAUGGCCUACGUCUCUGCCGACGAGAGAAAGAUCAUGCUGCAGUUCCAGGAGCUGUCGCUCCGCUUCUCCCGCGCCUCCGAGUGCCUGAAGACCGGUAACCGACGGGCCUUCGCCCGCGAGCUGCAGAGGAAGCUACAUGACCUGGAGUACACACGGUCUGUUCUGCAGAAAGAGGAGGGGCUUCAGCGAGAGGCGGGGCCUCAGGGGUGUUACUCCGCCCGCGCGGUGGACAAGGCCAAUGAGCUUGCGGCGAUGGAGAAGAGUAUCUACGAGCACCGAGACCUGCUGAGGCAGAUCACCUCGUACCCCCUCCGCCCCCGCCGAGACCCCCACGCCGCACACUGUCAACACUGUGUCACCGAGUCACAGAGACACAGAGACACACCGCCUGGCCCCGACCAGGGGGAGGAGGCGGGACAGAGGAGGCAGUCCUACACCCCGCAGCUGAUAAAGGGGAAGUCGGCGAAGUGUUUCGCCAAGCGUCUGAAGAACCUGACGGAGUUAUGCGAGGAGAGGUUCUACGAGGCCACCGUGGAACUACUCAACCACACAGAGCGGUGUUUCCGGGGGGACUUGUGUUACCUGUACACCCGCCGCCUGGACCGAGCGCUACGCAGGAAGCAGAACGUCACCAACUUCCUGUUUGAGGAGGAGCUAGGGGAGGAGGAAGAGGAAGUAGCGGUGCUGGGAAGAAUCUUCUGUUCUCUCAACCACACAGUGGGGACGGACUCUCAUAUGCACACCCCUUCCAUCGUGCUUUGCCCCGAGCCACCAGAGUCUGUGGAGGUUCUGGAGGUGAACCCUCCCUGCCCUGAUAACUCUGCCCAGCAGAGUGAGGCCCUGACCGGGGAGGAGAGGCUGGAGUCGUCACUCUCUGAUCUGACCAUGGAGACGCAGGACCAGGAAAGCUCUGAGGAGAAUAAGGACAGCUUUAGUAGUGACAGGAGUGGAGGAGACGAGGAGGAGGAGGGACGGGAUCAGACCCCUGUUUUUCUGCUGGAGGAAGAGGAGGGGGGCGAGGGUGAAACACACCGUGUGUGUGAGAGGGAGGGAGAGGCAGAAGGAGUGUUUAACAGAAAGAGGGAGGGAGAAGCAGCAGUGCUUGGGAGAGAGGAGGGAGGGGCUGAGACAGAGGAGGGAGGGGCUGAGACAGAGGAGGGAGGGGCUGAGACAGAGGAGGGAGGGGCUGAGACAGAGGAGGGAGGGGCUGAGACAGAGGAGGGUGAUGGACAGAGAGUGCCUGACCCUGAGUUACUGGUCCAGAUGGACACGGCCUGCUGCAUGUCUCAGGAGGGCUUCAUGUACAACUCUUCUCCCCCAGACACGCUGCCUGCUUCUGGGCUGCAGCCCGGCUCUCUUCCCCUUCCCCUGGUGGUCAACCAGGAGCCCCAGGCCCUGCUGCCGGUCCAGGGGGACUACGGCCUGGGUUCCACCCACUGCCAGAGCCCUGGGGCUGGGCUGGACCUGCCCGUCUCCUCCUCGGGAGAUACCACCUCCAGGGGUUCGGACCAGGACGGGUGGGACUGUACCAUGUCAGCGUCUACGGGGUCCGAACGGGCCGGCUCCCCUCUGGGGUACGGGGGGUUGGUAACGCUGAGGCAGAAGAAGAGGACCGGGCAGGGAGCGCUCAGGUUUGUGCGUCAGUAUCCGUUUGCCCUGCAUGCCCUGUGGUCCCUGCUGAGUGGUCGAACCCUGGUGGUGCUGGGAUCUGAGGAGGGGAGGGUCAGGAGGCUGGUGUCCGCUCUGGCCCUCUACGUGCCUGGACCCGGGCGCUGUGGGGAGAGGGUCCAGCCCUGGCUCUCCUGCCCCUUCAGCCUCACUGACCUACAGAGAUGGAAACUCAUAGGACUGCAGAGGAUGGCGUCUCCCGUGGGGACCAGCAUGCUCUGCUCUCUGUCUCGCUACAGCCGUUACAUCUCCGUCCUGGACGCCGACCGGAAGACCCUCCGUUGCCCCGGCUACCGCGGGAACCUCCUGGCCAACGUGGCGGACCACCGAACCCAUCUGCGUCGAGGUUCCACCUACUUCCUUCAUCUCCAGAACGUGCUCAGUGGACUGGCUUCCCGGGCCUUCCUCCUUAGCUUUACGCAUCACCUCCACCUUCCCAUCAGCCCCCUGGAGCAGAGACAGGAAGUGGAGGAGAGGACGAGAGGCUUCCUGAGGGAUCAGCUCAGGCUUGGGGAAGAUGACUGUUCCAUCCUGAUGUACCUGAGUCAGCUGAUCACACAGCACUACCUGGACAGUACCUCAGGAGGAGCUGGUACUACACAACCCCACCUGGAGAAGGACAACACGCCUGGAACCACACAGCAGCACCUGGACAGUACCUCUGGAGGAGCUGGUACUACACAACCCCACCUGGAGAAGGACAACACGCCUGGAACCACACAGCAGCACCUGGACAGUACCUCAGGAAGAGCUGUUACUACACAACCCCACCUGGAGAAGGACAACACGCCUGGAACCACACAGCAGCACCUGGACAGUACCUCAGGAAGAGCUGGUACUACACAACCCCACCUGGAGAAGGACAACACGCCUGGAACCACACAGCACUACCUGGACAGUACCUCAGGAAGAGCUGGUACUACACAACCCCACCUGGAGAAGGACAACACGCCUGGAACCACACAGCAGCACCUGGACAGUACCUCAGGAAGAGCUGGUACUACACAACCCCACCUGGAGAAUGACAGCACGCCUGGAACCACACAGCAGCACCUGGAAGCUAACAACAUACUAGACCCUGCCACAGGGGGCGCUAUAACCCCAGAGCAGUACCUAGACCCUACCACUGGGGGCACUAUAAACCCAGAGACGGGUCUAGACUCUACCACUGGGGGCGCUAUAACCCCAGAGCAGUACCUAGACUCCACCACAGGGGGUGCUAUAACCCCAGAUCAGUACCUAGACCCUACCACUGGGGGCGCUAUAACCCCAGAGCAGUACCUAGACCCUACCACUGGGGGUGCUAUAACCCCAGAGCAGUACCUAGACUCCACCACUGGGGGCGCGAUAACCCCAGAGCAGUACCUAGAUCCUACCACUGGGGGCGCUAUAACCCCAGAGCAGUACCUAGACCCUACCAUCCAUCAGUCUGCUACUAGGAGCAGAGCUCCACCCAGCUUCACCUUUAACUACACCACCAGUCUCCUAUACAAGAUCUGAAACACUGACGGGGGUCAAAUCUCCUGAGAGCCUUCAAGUCCUCUCUACUCACCUCCAAACAACACCGGAGGAGACAGAUCUGCUGUAGAUUCACUCUGGGAGGGCCCGUCUCUGUCUCCUAGGUAACCAGGAGAGACUGAGGGCCCGUCUCUGUCUCCUAGGUAACCAGGAGAGACUGAGGGCCUGUCUCUGUCUCCUAGGUAACCAGGAAAGACCUGAGGGCCUGUCUCUGUCUCCUAGGUAACCAGGAGGGACGGAGGGGGUUUAGUGAAUGUAAUGUAGCAGUGUUCACGUCAGUGACGUCUCAUGCUGUCCAUCAAGUCCUCCUUCCGAUGAAUGCCCUAACCAUGAACCGUCCUUCUGAUCUGAGCGAGAAGUGUGUGUGUGAAACGUUAAUAUGUUGUGUGUGUUCGUGCCGGUCUGUCUCCCGUGACGUUGCAUGUUGUCCACGGAACCACAGUACUACUACAGUUGCUUAGGAACGUUGACGUUGUAAAAAGAUCAGAUUGGUGCCCAUUCCACACAUCUCAUCUAACAAAAGAGGAUCUGUCACGAUUGAUGUUUUGUAACAAACCCACGAUGUCGUUACUUAAGUCCCGAUAUAUUGGACUGUUUUCCCUGCGUAACAUGUAGAAGUUGUCCCCUUUUCAGAUUUAGAAGAGGAGGUGACCGCUAAAUGCUAACUCCCAUCCGUAUAAGCUGGUAGCAUAGCUAGCAUACAGAAAUCGUUGAUGGUAGUCUUGUUGUUUAAAAAAAAAAAAAACUAAUGCACUUGAUUGGUUGACGAUGACAUGAGUUGAUGUUAACGUCCACACAAGCAUUAUACCUCAACAUCGUGUGAAAUGGACAAUAGCUUAAAUGUAGGCUAAUUUUGCUUUGGGGUGGGGGGGGGGCAAUGAGGAAGCUUGGGGAUCUUAACCACGACGCGUUUCCAUGGCAACGGCGUUCCCAUUGUUUUGUUCAGUUGGAUUUAGCUAUUUACUGCAUCUGUGACCAACGACGUGUAUAUAAACUCUGGACUGCUGAUGCUUUGUUUUGGCCAUUUAGAGGCUUUAAGCCACCGGUCGGCCAUUUUGACAGUCCUCCAUAGGAUUUAAUGGAAUUCUACAGCAUUUCAAUUAAAGGUUUCGAGGACCAAAUUACAUGUAUUUCAGUAUUUGUUGUUGUUGUAGUUUGGGACAGUAACAUUAGUAUUUUUAGGGGGGGACGUUUAUUUUUUUUAGUGUAGCUCACAUGUGUAAAAUUAUACAUUUAAGAUGUAUAAUGGAAUAAACGUGUCAGAAAUGAAUGUUG